AUGGCUCCUAAUUAUGCUCAACUGAUCGUCCAAGCGGUCGCCUCAGCUCCUGACAAGCAGCUCACGCUGAGUGGCAUAUACAGCUACAUAACUAAACACUACCCCUACUACAGGACAGCAGACAAGGGUUGGCAAAACUCAAUACGUCACAAUCUCUCUCUUAACCGAGGAGCCCGGCAAGGGCAGCUUCUGGCGCAUCGACCCGCAGAGCGAGGGCAAGCUCAUCGAGCUCGCCUUCCGCCCGCGCCGCCCGCGCGGCGUGCAGUUCCGCGCGCCCUUCGGACUGUCCUCCAGGUACUGUACGGUCCCUACUGCCCUACAUCGACCCGCAGAGCGAGGGCAAGCUCAUCGAGCUCGCCUUCCGCCCGCGCCGCCCGCGCGGCGUGCAGUUCCGCGCGCCCUUCGGACUGUCCUCCAGGUACUGUACGGUCCCUACUGCCCUACAUCGACCCGCAGAGCGAGGGCAAGCUCAUCGAGCUCGCCUUCCGCCCGCGCCGCCCGCGCGGCGUGCAGUUCCGCGCGCCCUUCGGACUGUCCUCCAGGUACUGUACGGUCCCUACUGCCCUACAUCGACCCGCAGAGCGAGGGCAAGCUCAUCGAGCUCGCCUUCCGCCCGCGCCGCCCGCGCGGCGUGCAGUUCCGCGCGCCCUUCGGACUGUCCUCCAGGUACUGUACGGUCCCUACUGCCCUACAUCGACCCGCAGAGCGAGGGCAAGCUCAUCGAGCUCGCCUUCCGCCCGCGCCGCCCGCGCGGCGUGCAGUUCCGCGCGCCCUUCGGACUGUCCUCCAGGUACUGUACGGUCCCUACUGCCCUACAUCGACCCGCAGAGCGAGGGCAAGCUCAUCGAGCUCGCCUUCCGCCCGCGCCGCCCGCGCGGCGUGCAGUUCCGCGCGCCCUUCGGACUGUCCUCCAGGUACUGUACGGUCCCUACUGCCCUACAUCGACCCGCAGAGCGAGGGCAAGCUCAUCGAGCUCGCCUUCCGCCCGCGCCGCCCGCGCGGCGUGCAGUUCCGCGCGCCCUUCGGACUGUCCUCCAGGUACUGUACGGUCCCUACUGCCCUACAUCGACCCGCAGAGCGAGGGCAAGCUCAUCGAGCUCGCCUUCCGCCCGCGCCGCCCGCGCGGCGUGCAGUUCCGCGCGCCCUUCGGACUGUCCUCCAGGUACUGUACGGUCCCUACUGCCCUACAUCGACCCGCAGAGCGAGGGCAAGCUCAUCGAGCUCGCCUUCCGCCCGCGCCGCCCGCGCGGCGUGCAGUUCCGCGCGCCCUUCGGACUGUCCUCCAGGUACUGUACGGUCCCUACUGCCCUACAUCGACCCGCAGAGCGAGGGCAAGCUCAUCGAGCUCGCCUUCCGCCCGCGCCGCCCGCGCGGCGUGCAGUUCCGCGCGCCCUUCGGACUGUCCUCCAGGUACUGUACGGUCCCUACUGCCCUACAUCGACCCGCAGAGCGAGGGCAAGCUCAUCGAGCUCGCCUUCCGCCCGCGCCGCCCGCGCGGCGUGCAGUUCCGCGCGCCCUUCGGACUGUCCUCCAGGUACUGUACGGUCCCUACUGCCCUACAUCGACCCGCAGAGCGAGGGCAAGCUCAUCGAGCUCGCCUUCCGCCCGCGCCGCCCGCGCGGCGUGCAGUUCCGCGCGCCCUUCGGACUGUCCUCCAGGUACUGUACGGUCCCUACUGCCCUACAUCGACCCGCAGAGCGAGGGCAAGCUCAUCGAGCUCGCCUUCCGCCCGCGCCGCCCGCGCGGCGUGCAGUUCCGCGCGCCCUUCGGACUGUCCUCCAGGUACUGUACGGUCCCUACUGCCCUACAUCGACCCGCAGAGCGAGGGCAAGCUCAUCGAGCUCGCCUUCCGCCCGCGCCGCCCGCGCGGCGUGCAGUUCCGCGCGCCCUUCGGACUGUCCUCCAGGUACUGUACGGUCCCUACUGCCCUACAUCGACCCGCAGAGCGAGGGCAAGCUCAUCGAGCUCGCCUUCCGCCCGCGCCGCCCGCGCGGCGUGCAGUUCCGCGCGCCCUUCGGACUGUCCUCCAGGUACUGUACGGUCCCUACUGCCCUACAUCGACCCGCAGAGCGAGGGCAAGCUCAUCGAGCUCGCCUUCCGCCCGCGCCGCCCGCGCGGCGUGCAGUUCCGCGCGCCCUUCGGACUGUCCUCCAGGUACUGUACGGUCCCUACUGCCCUACAUCGACCCGCAGAGCGAGGGCAAGCUCAUCGAGCUCGCCUUCCGCCCGCGCCGCCCGCGCGGCGUGCAGUUCCGCGCGCCCUUCGGACUGUCCUCCAGGUACUGUACGGUCCCUACUGCCCUACAUCGACCCGCAGAGCGAGGGCAAGCUCAUCGAGCUCGCCUUCCGCCCGCGCCGCCCGCGCGGCGUGCAGUUCCGCGCGCCCUUCGGACUGUCCUCCAGAAGUGCUCCGACUUCUCCGUCUCAAGUUGGUGUAUCAGGUCUAGUGACUCCUGAAGAGUUGUCUCGCGAGCCGACACCUGACCUAUUUACAGGAGAGGACAAUGAUCAACAACAACAAUCGGGUCAGCAACGACUGAACAACAAUACUGCUAAUAAUAAUGGCAACCACAGUCAGUCAGCUCAGUAUCUGUUCUCUCAGCGGAGCGGAGUUAGCCAAAGUGCUCCUGGAUCACCCGGUGCGGGUGUGUCGUACAGCGCGGGAGGUAGUGGGCUGGUGAUGGCGGGCCAUCAGAUUACCGUUGUCACCAACGGGGCCGGUGGUGAGCGGGAAGAGAAAUACGUGGUUGGCUCGGCAGGCGGAGGGUUGGUCACCAUCCCGGAGGAAGAGGUUCAAGCUGCCAACCUGCUGCUACACCAACACGAGCCUUACUACGCUAACUACAGCGGUGAAGAGGGAUGCUCGUCUCUCGGUGGUGAGCUGGUGAUCGAAGAGGCGCCUGAUGACCCGCCUCACAAGCGGACUAAGCACCAUCAUGUAUCGGAUUUAGAGGACCGGCGUUCAUAUUGACGCCCCGCCGCGACCACGUGAGUACUUCGGUCGAAACGGUCCGACCAAUCAGAGCUCUCGCUGAUCACGUCACACAAAAACCCGCUAAAAUAGGACUAAUCAGAUCACGCGCUGAGCACGUCACACAGAAACCGUUAAAACACGGACGGUUCGAAAUGAACGUUGUACGAUGCGUUGUACGUCAUACGAAUUCUAACAUCCGAUUGGUCGAGACGCGCGGGACAGUGACAUAGCAAUAAAAUGACUGCAAGAGGUGCGGUGAACGUUUUAAUUUUUGAA